AUGAGGUUGAACCCAACGAAGUGCGCCUUUGCUGUAUCUUUUGGGAAGUUCCUCGGAUUCAUGAUCAGCCAAAGAGGAAUCGAGGCCAAUCCCGAGAAAAUCAAAGCCAUAAUCGACAUGGAGACGCCGAGGACACAGAAGGACAUCCAAAGCCUUACCGGACGCGUCGCAGCCUUGACGCGUUUCAUCUCCAAGGCUACCGAUAAAUGUGUACCGUUCUUCAAAGCCUUGAAAGGGGGAAAACACCAUAUCGCAUGGACUCCCGAAUGCGACCAAGCAUUUCAAGACUUGAAGAACUACAUGAGCAAGGCACCACUGUUGUCAAAAUCGCUUCCCGGAGAAAUUCUCCUCCUCUACCUUUCGGUAUCAAGUACUGCCGUCAGCUCGGUACUUCAAAAGCCAGAAACAUCCGGCAUAUUGGUCAAAUGGGCGAUCGAGCUGGGAGAAUUUGACAUACAGUUCAAGCCAAGGCCUGCAGAGAAGGGUCAGGCCGUUGCCGACUUCAUCUCCGAGCUCACACCUGCACCAUUGGAAGCAUGUUCUCCGAACGCUGUUAUUACAGAACCGGGGAAAACGGAUGCCGAGCGCUUUGAUCCUUCUGUCCCUCUAUGGAUCCUGCAUGUUGACGGUUCGGUAAAUCAGCAAGGCUGCGGAGCUGGCUUGAUGUUGACUACUCCAGAUGGACGUAAAGUCGAAUAUGCCCUCCGAUUCAACUUCAGAACCUCUAACAACGAGGCAGAAUAUGAGGCUCUCUUGGCCGGCCUUCGGCUAGCCAAGAGUAUGAGCGCAAAGCAAAUCAGCAUUCACAGUGACUCCCAGCUCAUUGUGAAUCAAAUAACGGCAGACUUCGCAGUGAAGGAUGCCUCCAUGUCCGCCUACUUAUCGACAACCCACCAACUCCUACAAAAGUUCCAGGCCUACGAGAAUCAGCAGAUCUCGAGGUCAGAGAAUAGUCAUGCCGAUGCACUCUUGCGGUUGGCUUCGGCAAUAAACGAUAAGAUCGGAAGGAAGGUGCCGGUGGAGAUACUAUCCCAGCCAAGCAUGGCAAUGGCAGAGGUAUGUACCGUACAGUACGAGGACACAUGGAUGUCUCCAAUUUAUGUCUUCCUAACAAACGGAACGCUGCCCACCAACAAGUCCCAAGCUCGAAAGCUACGGUACCAAUCGGCAAGAUACACAGUCAUCGACGAUGUCCUGUACAAGCGAGGCUACACCACGCCGUAUCUGAAAUGCCUCACCAAUGAGCAGGGGGACUACGUCCUUCGAGAAGUUCAUAGUGGGGUCUGCGGUGACCAUUCAGGGUCCCGGUCGCUGGCAUACAAAGUCUUCCGACAGGGAUAUUUCUGGCCGACUUUGUACCAAGAUGCAAACGUCCUAGUUAAGAAGUGCGACAAAUGCCAAUGGUUCAGUAGUGUCCCUCACAUCCUUGUCGAGCCUCUCUUACCGAUCGUAAGCCCAUGA